AUGUCGGAAAUUAACGUACAAAUACGCAUGGGACCGUGUCGUCUGUUCGAUUUUAAAGUCUACGUGAAUUUAAAUGAUAACGUUAUUUCAUUGAAAAAAGCAAUCUGUAAAAUAAAAGACCAUAUGGCUAUUGAUUGUAUGGCCGUCAUGUAUUGCGGAAAUAUUUUGAAUGACGAAUCUCGUGCAUUAUAUACAUACGAUCUAUUCUCAGGUGCCACAGUGUUCGUUUUUCAAAAAAUUAAGAGAGAAACAUAUGCGAUUUCCGAACCAAUUAACGAAGCUGCCAUGGAGGAACGGAUCAAAAUCUUUCGUUCACUCUUGAUGUCCUCGAAAAUGAAAAAUUUAAUGAAGGCCCUUUGUGAACCCGAAGAGAUUAAUAUCUUGUUGUACAACAAUCCUGGCUUAGUUAAUGAUCCGAUUGCACUUACUUUAUUUCAAAAUCCUGAGUUAUUAGCGGCAGGUUUUAAUAAUGAAAUUUUAAGAAACUUGGCACUACGUCAUCCUGCUUUGAUUGAUAUUACACUACAUGUUCCUAAAAGUGCACAACUGUUAAAGGUAAUUUUAUUGAAAAAUGUAGACAACUAUUUUUAUAAUUAUUUAAAUGCGUUUUUUAAAUUGUGUGUUAGGACGAAACAAGCGAAGACUUAGUUCCUGAUGAUAAUGCAAUUUCCACUCAUUCACUAUCAACUGUAAGGAAUACUGCAGCACAGCAAUCUCAACCAAGUACUAGUGGAACAAAUACUUCAACUGAAAGUAUGGAAAAUGCUCCAGAGACCAUACAAAGUCAACUACCUAUAACCGAACAAAAUUUAUUAACUCAGUUACAAAUGAUGAGAAACAUGGGUUUCACCAACCAAGCUGUAAACAUUGCAGCAUUACAACUCAGUAAUGAUUUUGAAACUGCUGUUCACUUAGUAUUAAAUGGUUUUAUAAAUCCAUUAUAA